AUGGCAAGGCAUGUGUUCAAUCGUAUCCGAGAGGGAGUGGUUGCUCAUGACCCAUACUUCGAGUGCAAGACGGAUGCCCUUGGCAAGCUUGGAUUCUCCUCUUACCAGAAAUGCACCGCGGCCAUCCGCAUGCUUGCAUAUGGUAUUCCAGGCAAUCUGGUGGAUGAGUAUGUGCAUAUGAGUGAGACAACAUGUCUAAUGUCAAUGUACAAGUUUUGCCAGGCUGUGAUCGAGGUGUUUGGCCAAGAGUACUUGAGGCAGCCAACUGUCGCUGAUACAGAGAGAUUGUUGGCGACCAACGCAGCUAGAGGCUUUCCAGGCAUGCUUGGCGGCAUAGAUUGUAUGCACUGGGAGUGGAAGAACUGUCCAUUUGCUUGGCAGGGCCAGUACAAGGGGCAUGUCAACGGGUGCACUGUCAUAUUAGAAGCGGUGGCAUCGCAGGAUCUUUGGAUAUGGCAUUCUUUCUUCGGCAUGGCAGGUUCUCACAAUGAUAUCAAGGUGUUGCAGCGUUCUCCAGUCUUCGCGAGGCUUGCAGAAGCCCACUCCCCACCUGUCAACUUUGAGAUCAACGGUCACCAGUACAACAAGGGAUACUAUCUAGCCGAUGGUAUAUAUCCUCAGUGGUCAACUUUUGUGAAGACAAUCUCGAAACCCCAAGGUGAGAAGAGAAAGGGAUUUGCCCAAGUGCAAGAGAGUGUUAGAAAGGAUGUGGAACGUGCUUUUGGUGUGCUUCAAUCCCGGUGGGGUAUCGUUCGAAACCCUGCACUGUCAUGGGAUGAAAGGAAGCUUUGGGAGGUGAUGACUGCUUGUGUGAUCAUGCACAACAUGAUCGUCGAGGACGAGCGUGAUGAGAGUAUCUUCGACCAAGGGUUUGAUUAUCAAGGUGAAAAUAUUGAGCCCCUGCACCAAGACCCGGCCACAUUUGAACAGUUUGUCCAAUUCCACCGUGAGAUGCGUGAUUGGCACACUCAUUUGAAUCUUCAAAAUGACUUGGUUGAGCACGUGUGGGAUCACAUUGGCAACCAAUAG